UAGCUUCUCUGCCUCUCUCUUUCUACUUAGAUCGGAAUAUUAGAUCGAGCUUUGUCGGAUUAUGUACGUCCCCAUGGCUACAGCUUUGACUACAGCCAAAUCUAAGGUUAGAAGGGAAUGGAUUUUAGGUGUUUUUAAAUUUGUCUGCUGGUAUUGGCGUUGUUGGUCCAUCCCAUCCAUUUUUUUAUUACUACCGAUGCUCCUUUUAUCUUCUCAACUCAGUUUCUGCGUGGCUUCCCACCCCGUACCUUCUACUGUUUCUCACACUUCCAGUGAUCCGCCGACACGCCCUUUAAAAACAACCCAACCGCACGUUCACCCUCAAACCGCUAUUCUCAUCACUGUUUCCCUUGUCUUGCUUCUUGCAUUGUUGUUCGCGAUGUGGUUCUUGUUCAUGUUCCUUAAACUCAGGAAACUCAGAGGCGGUAAACACACGUCAACCGCUCAACCUGUUCAAACCAAGGGAAAAGAUUCUGACGUUGAAGGUGAAGGGUUUGUCAGGAAAUUCAGAUGGGACGAGAUUAAGGAUGUGACUAAGGAUUUCUCCCGUAUGAUUGGUCAGGGAGGGUUUAGCAAUGUGUACUUGGCUAACUUGUCUGGUUCCAGUCUAGGAGCAGUUAAGAUCCAUGUUGGUAGUGAUCGACUAAACCAAGUCUUCAAACAGGAAGUGGAUAUUUUGCUCCGAAUCCGUCACGAAAACAUCGUUAAGCUUCUUGGUUACUGCGAUGAUCUAGAGGAAGGGGCCAUGGUAUUUGAGUACGUCCCUAAUGGAAACUUGCAAGAGAAACUACAUAAAAGGGAAAGGGAAGUACUUCCAUGGAAAACCCGCACGGCCAUAGCUUUCCAACUUGCUCAAGCAAUCGAAUACCUGCACGAGAAAUGCACCCUCCAAAUAGUUCAUGGCGACAUCAAAGCUUCUAAUAUAUUGCUAGACGAGCGUUUUAAUUGCAAGCUUUGCGAUUUCGGGUCAGCAAUGAUGGGAUUUUCUUCUACGGUGAUGCCGCCAUCUUGUUCCCGGACGAAGCAAGUAAUGAUAGGCUCACCAGGCUACACUGAUCCACUUUAUUUGAGGACUGGGUUCGCCUCCAAAAAGAACGAUGUUUACAGCUUAGGCGUUGUUAUUUUGGAACUAGUUACCGGAAUGGAGGCCUUUUGUACAGAAAGGGGACAACUAUUGACAUCAAUAGUGGCACCCAAUUUAAGAGACAUCGCUGAGCGUGGGGCGGAGGAGAAAGUGGCAGAAUUGGUGGAUCCACGCCUAGCUGGAGAGUUUGACUUGGAGGAAGUCAGGGCUAUGCUUUCAAUUGCUGCACUUUGCCUUCACCAGUCUGCCAGCGUUAGGCCUUCUGCUUCUCAAAUCAUUCAAACAAUUAAGGAGAAAAUAUCUUCCAUCGACUUCCCGUUCUCACAAGGCAAAGACUACCACUACUAAGUAAUUGAUGGUGACAACCAUGUUGAUUGGGGUAUGCUUUGAAAAUUGCAAUUGUUUAUAAACAGCUACAUUAUUUUUCCUUUUUCUUGUAAGCAGAUUUGCAAAGUCAAAAAUCAGGGGGGCGUGCCCCGAACUAUGUGCCCCUAAAUUGGAGCAAGGAAACAUUGGUGUGGAAAUUUAGGGUACGUAAAUUAAAUCAUCAACUUUUUAG